AUGAAAAACUACUUUGAAUAAUAAAUAAGCAAAAAAAAGGCAAGGUAGACAGAAUUUCUCAACCUUAACAAUAUUAAUGCAAACAUAAGUCCACUUUGUUCGUGUAUGUAAGCAAUCAACCGAAGAUGGACGGAGGUACUGUGGUACUUUGAGGUUUCUGGAUGUCUUUUUCACUAUUUCUUAUGAAUUUUAAGUACCCAGUGUGUAGUUGUAUGUAGUUCCCUGACCUAAAAUAUCAGAUUUAGUUUUUUACUCGGGAAGAUUAUUCUAGGUUACCUAGGCUAGGUUCCUCUCGGCAAAAAUAUCUCUUGAAUGAGAUACUUAUUUAUUAUUCACAACACCACUAGUUGAGAAUGUGUGCAAACUAAGUUUUUCCACUGGUUCUGUUCUGUAUGAAAUUUCUGGUGCUAUAUUUUGUGAAAAAAUGAGUUUGUGUAACUACUGCUUUGUCUUGUGUUAUUGUUAUACUCAAACCUCCCCACCACACAAAUAAAUACAUCAAAUGAAAAGUUGAGGUAGAAUACACUCAAAAAUAUUCUCAAGUGUUCAUAUGGUGCUUCAUUUGUUAUUUUAUACAUAAUAGCAAGGAUACACUAGUAGAUGGAUUUCAAUAAAAUAUUGAGCCAGAAUGAUGAAUGGAAACAAAAGUUGUAUGAAGAAUGGAAAACGUAUCCAUCAAUUUUCAAACCAAGUCAUCGUGGUGUUCUCCGCCAAGACGACUUGGCAUACGUUAUACAUAACAAUAUGGCUAGAAAAAGUGCUGCUUCAUUUUCAACAUUGAGGCCAGUCAGGUAUACCUAUAAUAGUACAUGCUUUUUCAUAAGCCUAUCAUUAAAGUUUUAAUAUGGUAAUCUUACUAAUAUUUUUUAUUUUAUAACUGCCUUCCGAUCUGAUGUAUUUUUUUCUUGUUAUGCCCAUCAGUGUCAGUGGAGAUGGUAACUGUCUUUACAGAUCUAUUUCUGUGUUGCUGAUCGGUGAUGAAACCCUAGCUUCAAUUUUGAGAAUUUUGACCUCUUUGGAAAUGUAUCAAAAUGCAACAUAUUAUGCUGAACAUCCAAUGCUCCAACAACCUCCUAACAAUAUUUUUGUGCAAUGUUUAUCGGAUGUUGGUUGUGACGUGUACACAAAGACAAAGUCAAGAGAACUGGCCAUAAUUGAGGAAGCAAAGCAUGUUUCAAAUUCCUUCAUUUGGUCAUUGUUUAUGUGCGUUUUAUCAAUUUGCAAUGUUAUUGAGGUAUGAUGAGUUUUUCAUGGAAUAUGCACAUUUGAUUUUUUUUACUAAAUGUCUAAACUCCUGUGGUCAAAUGGUAUGAUAUUUAUGAUACAAUAUCGUAAAUAGUUCAGGUUCGAUUCCUGACAGGAGUAAAUCAUAUGUGAUGCAGGCAAUACCUUUAAAAUUUGUGUCACUCUAUAUAUAUAUAUAUAUAUAAAUAUAUUCUCUAUAUUUUUAAUUUUGUAGCAUCCUAUUGAAAUUACCUAUCAAAGCUUUGGAGAUAAACGAAUGGACAAUUUAUUCAACACAAUUGUUGAGCCCAGGAGAGGUGUUGCUGGUGUACCUGUGAAGGUAUUAUGGUUUAAAAAAGGAGGCCACAAUGUAUUGAUGGGAACCAAGUCAAAGGUUUUUGAUCGACCAAAUCAUUUUUGUCCAGUGAUGGAGAUAGGAACCUGUAAAAUUCCAAGAAGUAAUGUGAUAACAAUACUAAAAAAAGGCAAUACAAUUUCAACACCAUGUGUACUGAACAAACUUCCUGGUUCGAAAAUCACUGCAUACUUCAAGCAAGGUAGAGACAUGGGUGAGCAUAAUCUUUUAUCCAGAUUAUUUUUAGACUUUUUUAUUAUUAUCUGAGUUUGUGUAAAAAGUCAUUUUUCAUGUAUCAAUCGUUUUGUAUUGUCAAAAUCUUCGUAGAGAUCUGUGAUACCCUCAAUUCUUCUGAUGACAUAUCAAUGCAAUCUCCACCAAGUCAAUUAUUAUCUUCAAACUCUGCAAUUUCAUCUAAAUCCACAGAGAUGGAUCUUAAAGAAAGUAAAGACAUGGGUUGGUCUGGUUACGUUCAACAUAUUUUUUAAAUACAGACCUGAUUUUUUUUAUCGUUCAUGAUUGUUUUACUAGGUCCCUACUGGGUUUUCUAUAAAUAUGUAUUUCUAUAUCACAUCUUUUUUUUAUAGUGACCUUUAAUGCUAUCACUUCUUCUGUAUCGAUGCAGUCAUCACCAUCAUCAAGUCGAUCAAUAUCUUCAGAAAUGGCUAUUACAUAUACACCAACAGCCUUAGAAAUGGAUACAGAAGUACCUGUGGUACUCAUAGAUAGAGAUAUAACACAAAGUGUUGAUGUGGCAGAUACUGUGCAAUAUGAUAGGUUGGACAUUGGUCAUUAUGUGAAUAAAAUAGAUGCUUUGAAUGAUCAUGAAAAACAUAAGUUACUGAACAAGGUAUGGAAACCCACACAAACUCAUAACUUCGAGAAAGACAUCAAAACAAACAGAAAGUUUAAGUAUGCUUGGUUUGAAAGCUUUCCUUGGCUAGUUUAUUCUGACCUUCUUAAAGGUGCAUUUUGCAUUCACUGUGUUAUAUUUUCUAAAAAUGCGAUGAAAAUUGGUAAAAUGACACAGUUAUGUACGCAACCAUUUCAAGACUGGAGAAACGCUACCAAAGUCUUUAAAAUUCAUGGGGAAAAAUCGCCAUUCCAUCGACAAUGUCAGGCAGAUGCUAAUAGUUUCAUGUUCAGAUAUACCAGAGGCACUGGCAUAGCACAACAAUUAGAUGGGAUUCAAAAUGCCACUAUCGCUAAAAAUCGUUUGAUAAUGACAUCACUUAUUAAAAUCAUAACAGUGAUUGCAAGGCAAGGAUUACCUCUCCGUGGAAAAGAUGAAACUGAUCCAACAGCGGAGUUCCAAGCCAGAUCGAAAAAUGAAGAUGGUAAAAAUUGUGGCAAUUUCCUUGCGAUUGUUAAAUUAGCUGUUAACCUAGAAUGUCCUAUAUUGAAAGAGCACCUAUCAACGUGUGCUAAAAAUGCAACCUACUUGUCAAAAACUGUACAAAACGAACUGAUCUAUUUGAUAGCCAAAAAUAUCCAGCAUCAGAUCGUCGACGAUAUAAAAGCUAACAAAUACUUCUCAGUGCUAGCCGACGAGGCUACGGAUGUUAGUAACAAGGAACAGAUGCCCAUAGUUACAAGGUAUGUCAACAUUAGUGGUGACAUAAAAGAAGUUUUCAUGACAAUGGCGGAGUGUCGUUAUGGUGUCUCCGGUGAAGCUUUAUCAAAAACGAUUGUUGAUUCGAUUCGUGAUGUAAAUCUCGAUAUGAACUUAUGUAGAGGGCAGGGAUAUGAUGGCGCAGGUAUAUUACAGAGUCUUUUAUCUCCGAUUAUUAGUUGUAAAAAUUUUCAAUCUUGUUUAAUUUCACGUUCUAGGUUCCCCUCCCUGUUCAUGUCGUAUACCAAAGGUGACUUUUUUUGUAGGAGCCAUGGCGGGUGUUUGUUCUGGUGCUUCGACCCGGAUCUUGGAAAAGUUUCCUAAAGCAAAAU